AUGUACAACGACAUCUCAAAGCCCCCGCCGCCGCUUCCCAGCAUCCAAUUUACGGAGCUCUCACCCGGCGUGGGAUUGCUACUCCCGCUAUCACGCCGCGGUCAUGGGCCCGGCCUCGUGCUGCUUGUGCCCGACACGACGGAGCACUUGAACAUCGCCGAGGGUGUCCCGUCGCCCCUGAUAAAAUGGGCCGAGGAGGGUUAUGCCGUCGUGCAGGUCGAGGAGCGCGCACUUGGUGAAGCUGCUCUCAAGCAGGCCACCGAGGCGUUAUCCCAAUGCGACAAGUGCGAGCCCAAGGGAAAGGUGGGACUGGUCUCGUACGGCCCCAGCCUAUGGAACAAGAUUGCUCCGGCCUUGAAGGACUCAUCUAUCGUAGCGGCCAUCAACUACGCCGAUGCCUCCGAUGAGGCCAACCUCGCUGCCAGCCCGGUCCCCGUGGUCCACCACCUCGCUGGCAAGUCGCAGGUCGCGGGUGAGGAAGGUCGGUAUAAGCGGGAGAACGGGACGGCUCUGGCUUACUACUACCCUGAUAUGAAGACGUACAAAUUCUCCACGCCCUUCCAGCCCUCUUUCCACUACACGACUGAGGCGCGGUCCCACACGAGGAGCCUACAGCACCUCAAGCCCAUCAUGGGUGGGCCGUACUUUGAUCUGGAGACCAUUUGGGAUGAGCACACUUAUUACGAGUUUGCCGAUCGCUCCGUCGAGCACACCAUGAGCACCAUGGUCCAGGAGCCAUACGUGAACCAUGUGCCGACAAUGACGGGUGGCGUCGGCCGUGCAUCGCUCACGCAGUUCUACCGAGACAACUUCAUCUUCCUUAACUCGGCCGACACGGAGCUGGAGCUCGUCAGCCGGUCAAUCGCCAUCGACCGCAUCAUUGACGAGUUUAUUUUCAAGUUUACGCACGACCGCGUGAUUGACUGGCUCAUCCCCGGCGUACCUGCCACCAACCUCAAGGCUGAAAUCCCUUUCACCGCCGUGGUGAACAUCCGCGGGGACCGGCUCUACCAUGAACAUAUUACGUGGGAUCAAGGCACGGUCCUGCGGCAGCUCGGCCUGAUGCCCGAGUAUCUCCCCUUCCCUUACCCGAUAUCGUCAGAAGCUGGAAAGGAGGGCGCCAGCGCGGGAGGGUCGGUGGAGUACCGCGUCCCCGUGGCGGGGAUUGAUACGGCGAAGAAGCUCCGAGACAGGAACUCGGCGCCCUCGAAUGCGAUGUUUGAUUACAAUAUUCGACGGGUUUGA